AAACUUUGAAACUGGCAGGACCGGGCAGCCUGUGUCAGUUAACAUUUAGAAAUAAUAUUGAAGACGGGAGCAUCGCAGUCAAAAGAAACCACGCUGAGACUUUGAUGCAGUCUGCAGUGACAGACCCCAGCAAACUUAUCAGGCAACAUGGAGAGAAACACAGCUUUCCCCCUCUUCGCUGGCAAUCACAGCCACAUCAACACCACUUGCUCCCGAGACAAUCUUUUGAAGACGGUGGUUUUUCCUGUUCUCUAUUCCUUCCUUUUCCUGGUGGGAAUGUCACUCAAUGGUCUGGCAGUGUGGAUAUUUCUUCGCAUCCCCUCGCAGUCUCACUUCAUCAUAUACCUGAAGAACAUUGUCGUUGCAGAUGUCAUCAUGACCUUCACGUUCCCUUUCAAGGUGUUGUCAGACUCUAACAUGGCAUCCCUCGGCCUCCGGAUAUUCGUGUGUCGAGUUUCCUCAGUGCUCUUCUACCUCACCAUGUAUAUCAGCAUCCUCUUCUUUGGCCUCAUCAGCAUCGAUCGCUGCAGAAAAACCCUUAACCCAUUUAAAGGCACUAAUGCGACCCGGCUGAAAUAUCGAAAACUCCUUUCAGGAGCCAUCUGGACCUUCCUGGUAAUUCUCUGUCUGCCCAAUGUAAUGCUAACAAGCAAAACCCCAAUUUCUCCUUAUUUCCAGUGUAGCAAACUAAAGACAGAGGCUGGAUUAAAAUGGCAUGAGAUAGUGAAUCAUGUCUGUCAAGUGAUUUUCUGGGGCAACCUGCUGACUGUGAUAGUUUGCUACACUCUAAUCACCAAACAGCUGUACCGAUCCUACUCCCGCACUAAGUCUCACAGCACUGGGGGAACUAUAUCUCGAGCUUCGAGUCAGGGAACAACUAAGAAGCCUCGCCAGUCAAAAAGAAAAAUUAAUGCAAAUGUGUUCUUGGUUCUGGGAGUGUUCUUUGUGUGCUUUGUGCCAUUUCACUUUGCCCGAGUGCCGUACACAAUAAGCCAGACCCGAGGCGAUCGCUUUGAUUGCAAACUCAAGCUCUUCUUCUUUCAGCUGAAGGAAAGUACACUUUUCCUCUCAUCCCUAAAUUCUCUUCUGGAUCCUCUCAUCUACUUCUUCCUCUGUAAGUCCUUCAGGACCACUCUGUUUAAUACCCUGCACCAGCUUCCUGGUACUUGUAGCUGGCUAAUAGAAAGAGGAUCGGAUACAGACACAGGGAGCUCCCCUCAGGGAAAUUCCUCUGCUUGCACAUAAAACCACUGGACACAAGAAAGGCAUUUUAUGAUGCUUACAGUAAAGAACAUGACCAAAUCCAAAUUCAACUCUAUGGCACAAUGUAGAGAACAGAUAUAGUGAUCUAAUUCCUGCCAUUGGCUUUAGAAACGCAAGCCAAGGCCCAUAUUAGUCAUUAUUACAAAGUUAUAAAAAUACUAGCUCUUUAAAUGAUCAAGGGGUUAAUAUUGUAAAUUAUACUAAUUCAUGUAUUUGAAUCCACACUGUCUGCGAAAACAGUGUGAAACAGUAUUACCACAAUGAGACACAUAUGCAGUGUUGCUGAUGUUUGCUUGUCGAACCUGAAUAACUGAUCCCAGCACAUUUUCUGACUUUUUACUUCUUCUUUUUAUUUUCAACAUAACAUGAGUUUCUCCUUUUUAUUUUCACACUGACAAAUCUUGAAAAGUUGAAGUCUGUGACAGACUUCAACAGUAAUCUGUGUAAUGAACCUCAAGUGUUACAUGAAAUCGCCUGUCAGUACAAUGUGAUCUCUUAGUGCUGCAUGAGGGAGCAUGCUGUUUAUAUUAGCACUGAGCAUUAAGGAUAAGCAUAUCAUAGAGCAGGUUAUGCAUUCUUUUUAUAUUAUUAUUUGUCUAGAUAAAACAUUAAAGGAAUUACAAACCCGAGUGCUGCUUUCUGUUACAAUUACAUAGCUAAAAGGC